UAACCGGAAGUAGAAAGUGCUUUUGAACCGGAAGGCAGGCGCACCAAGAGGCUGCGUAACAGCUAACCUGCGGCCUGAGCUCGGUGCUUGGAGCUCCUCACUAGCGUCCCCCUGUCAGUCCGAGUGUCUUCGCGGGACUCUUCCCAGGGGACGAGAUGAGUCUUCAGUGGACGGCCGUGGCCACCUUCCUCUACGCAGAGGUCUUCUUCGUCCUGCUGCUCUGCAUCCCGUUCAUCUCCCCCAAGAGGUGGAGUAAGAUCUUCAAGUCUCGGCUCAUCCAGACCAUCGCCAUCUAUGGGAACACCUCCUUCAUGGUGGCCAUCGCCAUCCUCGUCUUCCUGCUCAUCGAUGCCGUCCGUGAGGUGAGGAAGUACAGCGUGACAGAGAAGGUGGAUCUGACCAACAACCCGACGGCCAUCGAACACAUUCACAUGAAACUGUUCAGAGCUCAGAGGAACGAGUACAUCGCCGGCUUCGCCCUGCUGCUCUGCCUGCUGCUGCGGCGUAUCGCCACCUUGCUCUCCCAGCAGGCCACGCUCAUGGCGUCCAACGAGGCCUUCAGGAAGCAGGCGGAGGGCGCCAGCACCGCCGCCAAGAAGUACAUGGAGGAGAAUGAGCUGCUGCAAGAGAAACUCCAAGACGCUGGUGUGGCGGGGCUGGAGGGUGGAACCAAAGGAGGCGCACAGGGGGAGAGCAAAGGUCUGAAGGAGGAGGUGAAGACUCUCAAGGAGGAGCUGGAAACUAACAGAAAAGCUCUUCAGAAGUCGGACAGUGACGUUCAAGCGAUGAAGAAACAGGCGGAGAAUCUGACUGUAGAAUAUGACCGACUGCUGGAAGAGCACAGCAAGCUGCUGGCAUCCAGCGACAAGAAGUGCGACUGAGGAAGGAAGGUGGUGUGCAGCGUCAUCGUGAUGUCACUUCCUGUCUUGCAUCAGCUGACUGGUUAAAAAAACAAAAGCAACGAGUCGGCGCUUCAGGAGGAGAUCUGCAUUUCUGAAUAAUUCCACAUGUGAAAUCCAACGUUUUACCGACUCAAAGUCGUGUUAAUGAUUCUAAGCGAUGAAUGUUUGGAAGUCUUUGUACGAGUUCAACAAGUUAUAAAUAAAGUCCAAACUCUGCUGUUGGACUUGUACAAAGUUCCAUCUUUAUGGAGAUAAAAGUCUUUUUCUUUUUGGGGUUUCAGUUUAUAUUUGAUUGUUUACGCUUUACUUUGGUUUUCUGUGUCUCAAAGCUUCUGUUCGUUCCAACUGAACUUCCUGUUCAUUGGAUGAGCAACAAUGUUCUGUGACAUCACAAGAAGAAACUCAUUUAUUAGAAACCUAAUGAGGUCCACAUGACAACGAAUAAUUAUAUUGAAGCCAUUUGACUUUAUAAUCUCACAAUGUUGAAGGGGAGAACCGUUUAUUUUUAAAAUCAUGUUCCUCCCCUGUGGUCUGGUUGAUGUUUCACUUUAAAAUCAGACGUUGUUUUCAGAGAGCAGAAUCUUUCCAAAGUCAUUCCAGUCAACUUAUUGAUUAGAAGUUAUGACCGGUUGAGUCCUUAAGGUUCUCACUCGUCUGUUUACGUUUAUUUCUACGGUUUGUCUGUUUUCUCUGGACUGGUUUGAAAUGUUCUGGUAACAGAAAAACUGUUCUGUGUGAGGGAUGUUCAUGCAGACGGUUUCUACUGUUCAGAUGCAUCAUGGGAACUCUGGUUAAAGUGAUGAAAUAAAUAGUUCUACCGA